UAUGCCAAACACGGAAGUAGCCGCAGUCUGCUGAAAAUAACUACUCGUAUCGUAAAAUUGUCGUCGUUAAUCAUCUUAAACACUGUCUUUAUUUCAUCCAGGUGGCUUUGGUGCCUCCAGUGGAAGAUAGCGCACUAUGAAUGUAUAAUAAUAUGCAGUUAUUUUAGUAAAAGGAUACUGUUAGUGUUCCGUAACAAUGUUCAGGAGUGCGUAUCAGCUGCUUCCUCAGAGGGACUCUAGCUCCACUCAGGGGACUCCAGGGCUGUUUGUGUCCGGGGACAGGGGUACUCAGGCCGGAUACCACAAAGGACUGUCGUUUGACUACAUCCCCAAUGUGUCCCAGAACGACUUCACUGAUACCUCUCAAGGAUGGCUGUCUUGGAUUUGCAACCUGAUUGUGAUCUUCCUUGUCUACGUCAUCACUUUAGUAGCCUUUCCCAUAACCGGAUGGUUUGUACUCAAAACGGUGCCUAACUACCAGAGGAUAGUGGUGUUUCGUCUGGGUAGAAUCUGUCCUCCAAGGGGCCCUGGGAUCAUCCUCGUGCUGCCCCUUAUUGACCAGUGGCAGAGAGUCGACCUGCGCACCCGUGCUUUCAACAUCCCUCCUUGUCAGGUGACUACACGGGAUGGUGGUGUGAUGUCAGUUGGAGCAGACAUCCAGUUCAGGAUCUGGAACCCAGUCAUGUCCGUGGUUUCCGUCCAAGACCUCAACGCCUCGACCAGGAUGACGGCACAGAAUGCUUUGACCCACAGCCUGUCCAAAAAGACUGUCAGAGAGAUCCAAACUGAGAGAGUUAAACUGGGAGAAUAUCUUGGGAUGGACAUUAAUGAGAUGACUCGGCCGUGGGGGCUGGAGGUAGACAGGGUAGAGCUUGCCCUCGGCUCUAUACUAAAGGCCCCAGAGGAAGGCCCCUCUGGACCCCUCAUCAUGCCUCCGUCUGUUCCCGGACUCGAAGGCCUCACUGGUCCUAUUCAGCAGCUGGCCAUGCACUUUCUGGGCCAAAGUAACGUUUCACAUCCGCAGCUAGAGGAUAGAAUAACUUUCACAGAUGAGGUCAGUAGUGCCACACACAGCAUCACAGCUCCACCAGGUUCUGUUGAACAGCUGCUCGAUGGAGUCAAGCUCCUGCUCUCUGAAACUUUGGUGAGCCGAGUUGGUGCCUGCUUCCAGUUUCACAUCUCCUCAGAAAAUGGACAACAGCACAGUUACUAUGUGGAUCUGAGCCAAGGUAGUGGUGCAGCAGGAGCCGGGUCUUCAUGCCGGGAGCCAGAUGUAACUUUGAGCGUGAGCGACACAGACCUUAUGGCCAUGUUUGAAGGCACGCUUCGACCAUUCACUGCUUAUAGCAGUGGCAGACUCAAAGUCCAGGGAGAUAUUAAGACUGCCAUGAAACUGGAAGAACUCAUAAACCUACUUAAGAAGUAGAGUGCCUAAUAAUAUUUGUAGGUGGCUGUAUUUAGUGAUAUACCAAGCUAAACAUUUAUCACAAAAUAUAUUACUACUGAAAAUUAUGUUUGACAAAAUGUCUAUUUUUGAUUAAUAUGUAUUUAUUGAACUGUGAGAACGUGCGUUUCUUGUUUGCUCUGAUAACGUUUGCUUGUUAUAAAGUGAAUGUGUGUUA